AUGAUGAUAAAAUGUGGGUUUUUCGAUCAAUCAUGGGUUGUGACAAUAAAUUUGCAAAGCAUCCAUUCACUUUCAAAUGUGUUCUUCAGUAUUGAUUUAAAUUUGUCAAUAAAACUUCAUUCAUUGCUGGCUGUAUUUUUGAAAGAAGAUGUCAUUUCACCCAAUAAUAACAAUAAAGAUAAAGAUAAAGAUAAAUGGGAUCAUAGAACCACAAUGGAUGGGGUAGCCGCCAACCUUCACAAUAGCAGUAAACCAUCCUCGUUGAACCCAACAACCAGAUCUCUAAGUAGUUCACCUACCAAACUUGAUCAACACGGAUCUCAAAUUGGUUCAGAUAAAUCAAGGAACUCAAUUAAGCCAGAGACAUGGAGAAGCUGGGUUGUUCAAAGGACUGGUUAUUCAGAUGCAGAUUUUGAAGAUGCUGAGAUUGUUCCCAGUGAUAUUAAGAAAGGAGAUGUGUGCGAUGUUUCAGGACGACCUGAAAUUGUCAAAAUAGGAAAUUUUUCUCGCGAGCCUGUAAACAGAGAAACCGAAUUAGAUGCAAAUCGCAAUGACAUAAAAUCCCGUAUCCAGCAUCUGGAAUCAGAGCUAUCCACUGUACUGUACUCAUUGAGGUCAAACACCAGUGAUGUUACAAUGCUGACGGAGCAGAAGAACACUUCUGAUAAUCUCGAAAAGCUUUCCGAUGCUUGGGAAUUCCAGGAAACUGAAAUCAUGAAUGCUCAAGCCAGACUGCGUUCAUUACGUGCUAAGUUGGCAGUGUUAGAAGGAAAGAUGGCAUUGGCAAUAAUGGAUGCACAGAAGGCUCUGGAUGAGAAGCAGAAGAAGAUUGAUUAUGUCCACAAAGCUUUGAAACUUCUGAAGAGUACUUGUGUAGUAUGGCCUAAUAAUGCUUCAGAAGUAUUUUUAGUAGGAUCAUUUGAUGGUUGGUCCUCCCAGAGAAAGAUGGAGAAAUCAGAUACGGGGAUAUUUUCGGUUGUUUUACAGCUGUAUCCUGGAAAAUAUGAGAUCAAGUUCAUUGUUGACGGUGAAUGGAAAAUUGAUCCGUUACGCCCGGUGGUUAACAACAAUGGAUAUGUGAAUAAUCUUCUUGUUGUUCAUGAUUGA